UACGUUACGUUACGUGGGGUUUUCCACAGCAGCGCGGAGCCAUGGCGACAGAAAUACCUGAUAUCUGCUCCACGGAGGCUUUAAAGCGGGUUUAACUCAACGAGAAACACACGGUGUGAGUUGUUUAACGGGGAGUUAUGUCGUCUGUCAGCGGGUCGCCUGUCAAAGGUCAUUCCUGAGGAGAGACUCGGACACGUUGCAGCAGAUGGACUGGGAUUCGUUCGACGACGGUCCGGCGGCAUUAAUGGACGACCCCCCUCGCUCCUCUGAACCUCCUCAGCCCUCCACCACCAACAUCUCAGAGCAUGAAUUCUCGUGUCACUGUUGCUACGACAUCCUGGUGAACCCCACCACCCUGACCUGCGGCCACAACUUUUGCCGCCACUGUCUGGCUCUGUGGUGGGAGUCCUCUCACAAGAACGAGUGCCCGGAGUGCCGGGAGAAGUGGGAAGGCUUUCCUAAAAUCAACAUUCUGCUGAGGGAUGCAACUGAAAAACUGUUCAGUGAGGUCGUUCAACGGAGGAGAUCCGAGAUCCAGGCUAACCCCAAAAUCUCCCGGAGCUUGCUGGCCUUCCAGAGGUAUGGUGACAACUUGGGUAGAUCCAGGACAAACCAGCACAAAGGAGCCGGCUUCUUCUUCUCUGGAGUCCUAACUGCACUCACAUGUGUGGCUGCGAUGGUGCUGGUGUAUCACUGGAGCAGUGGUGCGGUCGACCAGCACGACCCGUUGAUCAGUAAACCCGUGGAUCGCUGGACGCCGGAGGAAGUCGUGUCCUGGCUGGAUCACCUGGGUCCCUGGGCUCAGCUUUACAGAGAACCCUUCAUGCAGGAGAACGUCAAUGGGAGGCUGCUGUUGAUGCUGGGGGAUGAAGAAUUGUUAAAACCUCCUUACAACAUCGAAAAUCAGGCUCACCGACGGGCUGUUCUGGCUGAACUGGACCGAGUUAAAGCCCUCGGGGUCAAACCUCCACAGAACCUCUGGGAAUAUAAGGCUGCUAAUGCAGGGAAGUCUCUGUUCUUGCUGUACGCACUAAAGCGCUCCCCUCGUCUCACACUCUUCUAUCUGUAUUUAUUCGACUACUCGGAAACCUUCCUGCCCUUCCUCCACACCUGCUGUCCAGCCAUCACACACAUCGACCACUCAGUGGAGAGCAGCUUCCUCAACACACAGUUGGAGCCCAGUUGGCGACAGUGGGCGGAGUUUCUCGUAAAGUACCUCCUGCUUCCAUACCAGCUGAUAGCAGAGUUUGCUUGGGACUGGCUGGCCGUCCACUACUGGACAUCUCGCUUCAUUAUUGUUAACACCAUGCUGCUGUCUGUGCUGGAAGGCUGCGCUCUGUGGAGACUCGGGACGAGAGCCAGGAUCAGGUCUCUGCCACGCAAGAUGUGGAACCACUUGUGGAAGAUGUUAUCUCAGGGGUUUGCCUUCGCCCUCCUGUGGCCUUUUGUCCCUCAGUUUGUGUGCAACUGCCUCUUCUACUGGGCUCUCUACUUCAGUCCCAUUAUUAAUAUAGACUUGGUGGUGCAGCAGCUAAUGCACCCAGAAACACAGGCACUGUAACAAACUGCAUGUAAUCAGUGCCCCAUUAAAUGCCGUACAGUUCACAGCAAACAAAACAGCCAGAAAUCCGGUUGCUGAGGAGGAGAAGUGUUUUUUUAGCAGAAACAAUCACACGAAACUGGCUUAUUUGCUGUUGGAAAGGGAGUUUUCUCGCUUCCUGUCUUGUUUCUCUGCUGGAUGGUUGUGCCGUGUGGAACAAGAAAGGCACUGAGCUAUUGUAGGAGAAACAAAAAUCAACGAGAUGAGAAACAGCUGAAUAUCUGUGGUGUUAUUGAUUAGGAGAUAUUACUGCAGUGAUCGGUCUCUCUGCGUGCUCAGUGCAUUCACAAACCACAUUGCCUAAAUGGUCCAGAGGGCAGUUAUGCAAAUGAUAAGUCGUGUUCCAACACUGGUGGUAGUAAAGACUGGCCUCAUGAGGAGUUUUCUGAUAGCUUUGUAGCACUGAGAUGGGUGUAAGCUUUGUUUUAAAUGCAUAUACAGACUUGGCUGCUGAACAGGAAUCAAUAAAUUCAUUUGUUUUAAUUAAAUGUCUUAAUGGCAUGCAGGCCACAGCCAGCUGAAGGUCCAGUGUGUAACAUUUCAGUUGAUCUAUUGGAAGAAAUAUAUAUAAAUGUAAUUUUUUUUAGGUGAGUGGUUAUCCAGUUACCAUAGUUGCAGUCUGCAACUUCGUCACUAGAUGCCACUAAAUCCUACACACUGGUUCUUUAAAUGAACAGCUGCUGCUCUAAAAGUAUCAGCUCGAAUGAAAACAGUAUUAUAGUGAGUUAAAUGUAUAUAAAUCCUUAUUCUGCAUACAUUUUGGAUGCGUUCUUUGGGUCGUCGGCGUGCUUCCAGCUUUGACUGCGAUCUCGGUGCUGUAGAGCUGUCGGAAAAUUCUCUGUGCGAGGUUUGAUAACAUGAUUGUGAAACGUGUCAAUGCUGGGUUUUGUAGUUCUUGCAGACUGAUGGGAACAUCAGGCUUUAAUGUUGAGUCGAAGGGAAAACAAAACCAUCUCACAAAAAACGCGGCACUUAGAUUUGAAAUAUAGGUUGAAAAACUUUUUUUAGAUGCUAAAAAAUAUCUUUUCUAAUUUUUAUGAUUUUACGGAGAAACCGUUUGUAGCAGAUUUUAUUUGCUGUUAAUGCUGACAAAUAUUGCUUUGCACAUUUUUUUUUGUUUGCAGUAUAAAUGUUCAUGUUAUGGGUGAUUGAAGCCAAUUAAAGACUUUUUUUUACAUAGUUCAUUUGCACUUAAAGAUUUGACACUGUGAUUUUGUUCUUCAAUGUUCUCUAAUGACAAAGUACAAAUAAAGAUUUUUAAAUAAUG